AGGAUGAGAUUUUAUUACAGUGAGGUUGUAUUAUAGCAAAGUUUUUUUUGUGUGUGUUUGGGAGAACAGGUUUAUGUUCUCGUGAACAGACAUAUUGCUCCUCCACUCAAUACUGCUUUGCUGUACUGGAACGAACCAGUUCUGUCAUGGUAUGAGGAAGAGCUUAGCGAAGGGAAAGAGAGAGAGAGGGCUAGAGAGAAAGAACAGCGCUUGGUCCCCUUACAUGGUUUUCACAGAUCAACUUCAACUUCAUGUGAAGCUCAUUCUCAUUACUCAGUUAUGUUUAAAUCUGUUUCUGUGUGCACCAAUAUAGCAGGGAUAAUGGGCAGCACAAAAGGCCCUGUGUGAAUGUGUGUGUGUGUGAUCGCUUGAUCACCGUAGUUCCUAAACACAUCACCCCCCCUCCCACACACACACACACACAAACACACGGGACAACCAGUAUGAGCAAACAGAAGCAGAUUUCCUUCCCUGCAGCAAGCCCAGUGUUACAUCACAAGACAACAAUUACAUCUUAAUGUGACUGUGAACAGCUGAUAGGGAGAGCGUGUGCGUGUGUUCCCUCACCGCUGCGUGGGAGACUAGUACGAGAUGCAGAAGGAUUAGUCAGUGAUGUCAUAAAUCUCAACAUUCUUCAGAAAUUAAAGUGCCGGUGAUCCAAAAGGAGCAGAUGGCUGACGUGGAGAGGAUCAACAAGGAGACAGGGGAGCUGAGUGCUUCAGGGGAGCUAGCUGCCCCCCUGGAUCUGAAGGAGGGAAGGGGGGGAGAGAGAGGUGGAGGACCCCAGCCCCAUCCCCUACUGGUCCUCCGAGAGAUGCUCCAACAGAUGGAGACACACACACACAAGGAUAGUAUGAACACCUCUGGCCAGAAACACACACACCUCUCCCCUGACCACACACAUACCAAAAAGGAAACCAUGGACCAGAGCGAGAUAGACACACCCCUCCCCCUUGACCAAAAAGAGGAACACUUGCGCCGAGUCCUGCCUCUCUACAUACAGGUAUGUGAAAGUGGUGGUGGGACAGAGGAGCUGGAUCUGAGGAGUCUAGCUGCUCUGACUGCAAACACUGUGGUCUCCAACAUCCAUGCCAUACUGGCAGAAAAACCUGCAGAGGAGGCUCGCUACGAGGUGCAGCAGUUCUUCCAGAGAAGAGACGAGAUGGACAACACAGACGAUAUAGACAACAGUGAGAUAGACAGCAGGGAGACAGACAGGACAGAGGAGACAGACAGGGGAGAGUCACACAGCCAGACAACACAGACAGACAAUGCAGGAUGGCUUCUGUUGAAGACUCUGUCUUUCCUGACUGCUACAAACUCUGCUGAAUUGAUGUCUGUAGUAAAGCCAGGUCUGCCGGCGGCCCUGGUAAAGUGUCUCUACCUGCUAGUGUGUCUACCGUCCCGGAAGGAGAGAGCAGCAGUAGAGGAGACCUUUCAAGAACUGCUCAUACAGGUCCUGUUACAGCUGUGCUGUCACCCUUCCAGUGUGGAGGAGAUGGUGGAGACUGAGGAGUUGCAGUGUCUGAUCAUCUCGCUCACAUCACUACACGACCAGACUAGUGCCCCCUGGAGGCACCAGGCAUCACGUGUUCUCAGAGCUGUCUCUGCUGCUAAGACACCCAAUACCGUCCCCUUCCUACAGGCUAAGAACUGUGUGCGUAUCUGUAUUCAGAACCUGCAGCGUAUCAGUGAUCGUGCCCCAGCUCCAGUCUUAGCUGAGGUGGCUGUCACAGUGUUCAGUUUCAUCAGAGACUCCUACCAGCUCAACCCUGCUCUAUUCACCGAGCUUGAAAAUUACGAUGGAUACACUGUCUUACAGGCCAUCAUGACCCGGUGUGAGGAGGGUGUGCCUGCGGAGGAGUUUGGUCCAGUAGAGGACCUGUUAUCUCUGCUAGCGUCUUUGUGUCUGUUUGGGAGGUCAGAGCUGAAGGUGGCGCUCUGUGUCACCAACCCUCAGCCACCUGGUUUCAAGUUUGACCCCUCACUCACCACAGGCUCUGCGGUAAGGAACCUAUCAGCGUUCCGUUUGCUCCAGGGUUCCUUCCAGCGGUCAGAGGACUGUGUUUUCUGCAGCCAGAUCCUAAGCACCAUCAGGACUGUGUGGUCAUGGAACAGGGCCAACUUCUUCCUGUUAGAGUGGACUGUUCAAUCACUGGCUCAGCUAGCUCAGUGUGUUUCGAAGAAACCACCUCCUGUACACAGACUGUUCUUCUCUAUGUUAGAGAUGGUGGCAUUCCAUCUUAAUUACAUCCCCCACGAGGCUGUGCGUGCGGUGCAGGCGGUGCUGAAGCAGGGCUGGGCAGGGGCCGUGGCCGGAGGGGCACAGUUUGGAGUGGCUGCCCUCGGCUGCUUCCACAGGUUGACAGUGCGUAGUGGUCUGCUAGCGGAGGUUCUCAGUGAUGGAGGUCUGUUGGAACUUCUGCUUGGAGAACUACGCAGGAGGGCCAAGAUACUCAGGAAGGCUAGAGGAGCAGGUCCCCAAGAUCAGUCAGCUGUAGAGGACAAUGAGAGAGCUCUCACCACCAGCAUGCUCACAGUAGUGGCUGCCCUCACCCUGCGCUCCAUCAGAAACACAGUGUCAGUCCGUGACCUUGGGAUGGUUCCCUACAUAAAGAUAUUUCUAGAUGAGGAGCAGUACAGAGGACCAACCCUCAGCAUCCUGGAGCAGCUGUCAGAGAUAAACCCUGACGAGUUUAUGUCUACGGCUAUAGGAGCUCUCUGUUCCUCUACACAACAGGAGCUGGGGCUCAAACAAGACCUGCUGCAGUCAGUUUUGAAGGUUCUGGAGAGACCUAACAGUUGGGGGGCGUUUCGACGUGCGCGGGGCUUCACCGGCCUGCUGUCCCUGGUGGUGGACAUGGAGGGGGCUCUGAGUGACCACACUCAGGGUGGGGUGUGGGGUGCUAAGGGGCAGCAGGGGAUACUAGACCUCCUCUUCCUCACCCUACACACCCUCGCCCUAGCUGUCCACGUACACCCUGUCAACUCACACCAGUUCCAGGCUGAAGGGUUCUACGAGAGGCUGGCUGAAGCCUUACUACGGCUGGGUUGUUUCCAGACUGAGGGCUGGGAGGCAACAGAGAGGAUGGAGGGCCACACUGGGGGUAUGAUGAGUAGGGGCCUGGGCCCGAGAUGGGGUCAGAGAGAAACAGAGGACAAUCAUUCACUUGGGAGGAGCUUCCACCAGUUUCUGGAGCUGUCUGAGACCCUAGUGCUCACCUCCCUCUCUUCCACCUCCAAGCCACCCCUGCCUCCCUCUUUACAGACCUGUAUCAGGCUCCUCUCCUACCUGGACCAAUUAGCUACAGGGACCUACGCUGCCCUUGAGAUGACAGCAGGACAUGUGGGAGAGAAGAGAGAGGAGGUGGGAGAUGGAGAGACCCAGGGGGGUGGUGGUGGAGGAGAGAGGCUGCAGACUGUGCCACCAACCCGAAAGACUUCACAGACACCAGAGGAUGAACUACCGGGGGGAUCCAGACCUGCAGGCCACAGCGUCGCUGUUGUCUGCUCUGAGACUAACUACAGGUUUACCUGUGACCAGACCAUACUGUAUCCUGGAGCCCUCAGGGUCAUCAUGACUAUCCUGCCUCAUGUCUUUACUGCAGAGGAUCCACAGCUGUCAGUGGAGGUCCAGUACUCAGUAGCCCACCACCUCCAGGUGAUGGUAACAUCAGAGAAGAACCGGCAGAUUGUCUGCAAGGGGGGUUUGGUGUCCACUCUACUAACCCACUGUCGAAGCAUUCUGCUCAGGCCGGACCACCCACUAUACCUGCCUGACACACGCAUCCUAGAGAAAAUCUCCUCACACUCCAUCUCCCACAUAGACCUCAGGCGUUUCCUGUGUCUUUGUGAUCCUCUGAUGUGCCAAGCUAACAACAUUGCUGCCACCUCUGCUCCAGAAUCCAACACACAAUGCCCCUUUUCUCCCUCCAAUGGCCACAGCCCAGAGAAGGCAGACAGCUUAACAGAUAGUGAGACCACCACUCGCUCCAUCAUGAAGCGCUCUUUUAGCCUGCUGAGCUCCUCUCCUCCUAUUGGCUCUCCUGUCGGCCAGCCCCUCCCCCUGCACCAAAUCAUUAGCCUAGUCUCUAUGACGUCACCAAGGAGCUUCCGACCACACCGAGUCUCCACCUCUCCGGCCUUUGUGGAGUUUGAUAUGACUGAGAGUGGCUAUGGAUGUCUAUUUCUACCAUCCCUGGCUACAGUGAAAGGUGUCAAUGCUGACUCCAUCCCAACAGGGGGGAUAGGAGGAGACUGUCGUGGUUUCCCUCCGGCAGCAGGCCUGUCAUAUUCAUGCUGGUUCCUGAUCAGCAGGUUCAGUUCAGCCUGUGAUUCCCACCCGAUCUGGCUGCUGUCUGUGGUGCGCCAUAUGUCCCGUGCCGAACAGCAGUACGUCUGUCUGUCUGUCUCCAUCUCAGCCAGCGAUGGAUGUUUGGUCAUCUCAACUGAGGAGGAGCCUUUUACCUUCCUGGAUAUGAUGGAGCCAGAGGUGCGGACCCCCAGCCCACUGCCAGGUUCAUUGAGGUUCAAAUGCUCCAGUCAGCUGACCCCAGGUCAGUGGCACCAUCUGGCCAUUGUCAUGGCGAAGGACGUGAAGAAGAGCUGUAAGGUCACGGCCCACCUCAAUGGGGAACUGGUGGGAGCAGCAAAGAUGCUGUACAUCCAACCGUUCCCGGGUCAGUACAUUUCCAUGGAACCCACGGCGGUGAUUGACGUGUGUGCCUUCAUUGGAACGCCGUCUAUAUGGAAACAGCACGCUUCGUUGGUGUGGCGCGUCGGGCCCACCUACCUGUUUGAGGAAGUGCUGAGUCCAGGGGCUGUAGGAGUCAUCUACAACCAGGGAACAGCCUACUUGGGAAACUACCUGGCUCUACGCAACACAGGCUCUGGCCCAGACCUCCUCCCUUUCAGGCUGGUCCCUGAGGAGAGGAUCUCAUUUGGCAUCAACCCGGCUGUAGCAACUUUAACCACGGUGGCAGAGAUACGAGAAAGCUACAACGAGGUGGACUGCCGUCUCAUCGCCAAAGAGAUGGGAAUCACGUCCAGGGAUAACUCCACCCCUGUGUUCCUGUCUCAAAACAUCAGCCACCACCUGACUGGCACUGCACGCACCAUAGGAGCUGCACUGGUUGGACACUUUGGAGUGCGGACGUUCGCUCCCAGCAGCGCAGGGGAUAGCUUUCUGUACCUUGGUGGGCCGGCGGUGAUCCUAAGCAUGGUUGCUAUGGCGGCAGACGAUGGAGCGCUGUACGCAGCAGUGAAAGUUCUGCUGUCUGUGUUGGAGACAAGCCCUGCCAUGGAGCGGGAGAUGACACGCAUCAACGGCUACAAGCUCCUAGCAUUCCUGCUGAAGAUUAAGAGCAGUGUGUUGAGCAGUAGAACCUUUCAGCUGGUGCUGUCUCUGUCUGGUUCAGUGGACCACCUGGGAUCUGGAGCCGCUUGUCUACACAACAGACCCGCCUUCAAUGCUCUGCUCUGUGACCUGGAGGUGUGGAAGAACACUGCGGAAAGUCUGGACCUGUCAGUUCUCAAUCACUUUGCUGAAAUCCUGACAUCAUCAAGUGGUGACCAUGGUAAUGCAAAGGUCAUGCAUAACCUGGGUCUGGUGCCUAAACUGCUCUUCCUAUUGGCUGACCCCAUGGUGACCCCCAGGAAAGUAAAGGUUGCCACCUGUAUCAUCACUUGCCUGCUUAGAGGACACUUCACCUCCACCGACAUACGCAGACUUGGCCUCUUCCUGGUGUACACCGUGCCUCCCCCAAGUGUGAGUGAAAGCUCUGGACUCUCUGACACUCUUGAUGAGGAAACCAAAGCUCAAAGUUUCAGUCCAGCCAGACUAGUGUGGGUCCGUAAUCAACUGCUGUCUUCUCUCUGUGACCUCAUCAGCUCAGACAGUCUUCUCACUGCAGAUGAGCAGAAAGAGCUGAUCCAGACACUGGGCAGUGAUUGGUUCCUGCUGUUCCUGCAGCCCCGCCUCCACUCUUCCACCCUGUGCCUAGGGCUCCGCCUACUCACACUCCUCCUGGCCAAUCAGAGCGAGCGGAACAGCUUCAGAGAGGGCGUGUUCCCAGGCACCCUAGUAGAGAGCCUGGAUGAACCCUCUGUUGUCAUAGACAACCUGAGAGCUUAUGAGUGGUCCUAUGAGUGUCAGAGUGUCACCUGCGCAGGCUUCGACGUGCUGCAAAGGCUUCUGGUCCGCCAGGCUCACCUGCCUCAGGUGUACGGAGCGCUGGCCGCUCUACUGCUGGGGAAGAGAGGAGGAGAAACACCUGACGGACAGCUGGAUCUGGAUGAAGUUCUGCAGGCAGUGAUUGACAGCACAGAGUACACAAACUCUGCUCCCUUACAGCUGUGUUCCAAGUCUGCAGCCAUGCUACUGGAGCUGGUCAAGGCCAUCAUCACACAGCGGUCAUCUGCCGCUGAUGCAUCUUGGGAGUUGCAGUUUCCCGGCAGUGUGAUGCAGUUCCUCUGUCUGGUACACAAUCACCGCCCCCGAGACCCACUAUGGACGUCUCCAGAGUUUCUACACACGCUCGCCAGCACUGUGUUUCCCCCUGAGAGUGAAGAGGAGGUGUGUCAGCCAACCAGGAAGCAGGUGUGUGACUUCAUCCGUAUCCUCUUAAUGGACAGCCUGCUCAACGUGCCUGCCAAAGAACACACACACCCCCUACUGCUGCUACUGGAGUAUUCCCCAGAAGGAGCAUCGUUGGAGCGGAGACAGGUCUUCCAAACUGAAUUGCUUGAGUUCUUCAUGGAAAUCAUCCACAUGACCAGCCAGGAGAAUGGACAUAACACACACCUCACCACACAGGAGUCAAACGCCCAGAGUCCUGAGGGGCAGAUGGCCACACUGAUGGAGAACAUGGUGCUUUUCAGUCAGAAGUUUCUGGAGAAACUCUACAGCGGCAUGUUUCUGGUUGAGCCAGAGAACCUGCUCACCUUCCUAGCAGACCAGAUCGUGGUGGUGAUGGAGAAGGGCCUAUCACAGAAAGAGAACACAGUUUCCUCCCUCUACACCAGCACCAACCGAGCUCUGCUCUACUUCCUUUCCCGCCCACAACACACACAGGCCGAACAGGAUGCUGUCAUCAGGACGCUGCAGGUGGUCAUGGCGCGCUGGGACGUAGUCAUGGCAACCUACAAUGCCAACGUGAACUUUAUUACCUGCCUGCUGCACUGUCUACUGUUGAUACGAUCUGGCAGCUACCCAAUAGGCUUUGGGUUUGAAAGUCACAAGAAACACCAGCGGAGAAUCCUGUCUCAUCUGUUCCCUCUUAAGACCAGCCACACUACCACACUCAGCCAAGUACCUGAUUCAGACACAGAGCUGAUGUCCCAAGUAGAGUCUGUGUGGUCUAAGAUCCUUACUGAGAGACGCACCAUUCUAGAAGACACCUAUAAGAUUGAGCUCUCAGCUAAUCAGACGCAGAGGAUGGGACCUGUCAGCAUGAGUGACAUCAGCCCUUUGUGGGAAGAGAUAGCACUCAAGGUGUGGCAGUUAUACACAGGAAAUGUGAAGAGGAAGCUGACUAGCACCACCCAGAGGAAAGAUAGUGUAAUCAGCUCUGCUAUUCGCUCUGUACACAAACGACUGGGGAGAGAAACUGGCACUGUGGAGGAGUUCCUGUCUUGUAUGGAGGCCCAUUUGAAGAGAGGUCAGGAGAUGUUUGAGAAGCUGAGGAAGAACCACACACAGCUGUGUGUUUAUGAGUGGGAGCGGUUGGGGACUAUGUGGCUGUGUGUGGAGGAGGAGCUGCUAAGGGAGAGGGGUGUGUUCGGCCCGGGGCCGGGGGUGGUGCUGACACGAGGCUGGGUCCAGGAUGCAGCUGAAGGCCCCAACCGCACCAGGCCUCGCAUCCGCAGGAGAGCCCAGCGACACUCCAAACGGUUGGCAGAUAUGUGUGUGAGAAAUGGUUUGCCAGAGGAGAGCAAAGGAAGGACAGAGACUGACUCAGAGUCAAGGAUCCUCUUUGAGCCAGGGACAGAGGAAGAGGAGGAUGAUGGAGAGGACUGUAACCGCCUAACCUUUUUCCCUGUCCUGGCUGAGACUACUGCACCUCUCACUGAGCUCUUCGCCCCAGCGUCCACCACCCCUGAGCCCUGCUCACAUACACACACCUGCAGCCACACACACACCAUACUACAGGAGCUGGAGCCUGAGGAAGAGGUUAAAGCGAAGGUAUGUGUGGUGGUGGUCAGUGGGCUGUCUGUAACAGAGGGGCUGCUGUUGUUUGGGACAGACAGUCUGUACAUGUGUGAGGGCUUCACCCUAAGCCCCGCAGGAGACGUCUGCUGCAGAAAACACCACCCCACUGGUGUGCGUGACGCGUUCGUUUCCAGUAUGUUGACUAAAGACAUAUCUUCAUCCAGCCUCAGCUGCAAACGAUGGCCCUACCAGGACAUAAGAGAUGUCCGCUUUAUGCGUUUCCUUCUAGAGGAAAAUGCGCUGGAGAUCUUUAUGCAGAACGGAUACUCUACUUUCCUGGUUUUCUUCAACAAAGACCAUGUGUCUGCUUUUAAAAGGCUGUGUUCAGUGGUGCCAGCAUUGAUAGGUAGAGGGGUUGCUGAGGUCAUAACUAAUGCCAGGAAGACUCCAGUGAUGGAGAAGACUACUCAGGUGAAAUGGCAGCGUGGGGACAUAAGUAAUUUUGAGUACCUGAUGCAUUUGAACACUCUGGCUGGUAGAACCUAUAGUGACCUCAUGCAGUACCCCGUCUUCCCCUGGGUCCUAGCUGACUACAAGUCGGAGACCCUGGAUCUGACCAAACCGGCGACAUUUCGUGACCUCUCGAAACCAAUGGGAGCCCAGACAGAGAAGAGGAGAGACAUGUUUAUUCAGAGAUUUAAUGAAGUGGAAAGUAGUGAAGGUGACCUGGCAGUGAGGUGUCACUACUGUACCCACUAUUCUUCGGCCAUCAUCGUGUCUUCCUUCCUCGUUCGGAUGGAACCCUUCUCACACACCUUUCUGACCCUACAGGGAGGGUAUGACAUAGCAGAGAGGAUGUUCCAUAGUGUGAUGAAGGACUGGGACUCCGCCUCCAGAGACAACAUGAGCGAUGUCAGAGAGCUGAUCCCAGAGUUCUACUACCUACCUGACUUCCUGGUUAACACAAACCACUUCAAACUAGGCUGUAUGCAGGACGGUACCACUCUAGGGGACGUUGUCCUCCCUCCCUGGGCUAAGGGAGACCCCCGGGAGUUCAUCAGAGUUCACCGAGAGGCUCUGGAGAGUGAGUAUGUUAGCUCCCACCUCCACCUGUGGAUCGACCUGAUCUUUGGGCACUGCCAGCAGGGACCAGCCGCUGUAGAGUCCCUCAACACAUUCCACCCCUACUUCUACGCCCAGAGAAGGAAAGGGACAAGGGGGCAGGAUGCACUCAGAGACCCCCUUAUCAAGAGUACCAUCCAGGGAUACGUCAAUAACUUUGGACAGGUUCCCAAACAGCUGUUCAACAAGCCCCACCCUCCUCGUGCCGGCUCAAAAAAGGAGGGAUCAGCACCCGCCCAGCCAACCCCCUUUUUCUUUAGACUGGACAAGCUCAAACCCUCCAUUCAACCAUUCAAAGAGCUCCUUCGUGGUCCAGUAGGCCAGGUGGUUUGUGUGGACAAAGAGGUUUUGGUCGUAGAGAAGAACAGACUACUCAUCCCUCCUCUGUGGAAUGUCUACUUCUCCUGGGGCUUCCCUGAUAACUCCUGCUCCUUCGGACACUACACCACUGAGAAAACCUUUGCUGUAUGUGAGAGUAUGUGUGACUGGGGGAAGAUGCUGUGUGCAGCGUGUCCCAACCAAGCUACCAUAGUCACUGCUGGGAUCAGCUCAGUGGUGUGUGUGUGGGAUGUUUCCAUCAGCAAGGACAAACUCACUCACAUGAAACUCAGACAGGCGCUAUAUGGUCAUACCGAUGCAGUAACGUGUCUGGCGGUGUCUGAGGUUCAUGGAGUGAUAGCCAGCGGUUCGCGUGACCUCACCUGUAUACUGUGGGACCUUGAGGAACUCAACUACAUCACUCAGCUACCUGGACACAAGGCUAGCAUCACAGCACUUGCUAUCAAUGACCUCACAGGAGAGAUAGCAUCGUGUGCAGGGCCGGUCCUGUACCUAUGGAGUAUGAAGGGUCAGUUACUCACCUGGCUCGACACAUCCUGUGGCUCUGAUGUCACUUCCUGCAGCUCAGAUGGGGACAUCCUGUCUGUCUGCUUCACUCAGAGACACGAGUGGGAUCCACGAAACGUUAUAGUCACUGGCUGUGCUGACGGGAUAGUGAGGAUCUGGAGGACGGAGUACACUAGAACAUCACCUGAUCCUCCACAGCAGCCCACAUCCCCAGGACAGGAUCAGUCUGCAAUGACCAUAGACGGAAUGUCGGGUCCGAGUCAGAGCUGGGAGAGACACCUGGUGUUGUGUCGGCCACUAAACAGGAGUGAAGCAGUGUCCAGACGGCGCUACAAAAACAACCCUGCAGUCACUGCUCUAGCCAUGUCCAGGACGCAUGCAACUCUGCUGGUUGGAGAUGGCUGGGGUAGAGUCUUCACCUGGACCUGUGAGUGAUGGGGAAGGAGCAGUUGGGUGUGUCUGUUUGUGUGUGGGUGCCUGCGUGCAUUCCUGGGUGUGGUGUGUGUGCAUGUGCGUGCAUGGGUGGGUGCGUGCGUGAGUUCCAUACAACCAACAAUACACCAAAACCCAGCCUGCACUUCAGGAACCUCUUAUUCCACUGCACAUGUGCACUCUCACCAGCCCCUGCCUCACCUCCAGACCGACCACCACACUCCAAUCGUAGAGAGAUGUUCUCUCUCUCAAAGUCUCCAGGCACAGGGAGGAAAUGGAGAGAGGGAGGAUCAAGAUUUUAUUUUUGAGUGUUUACAAACUAUUUACACUGGACCUUAUUACAAGAUUAACACAUGACAUGGAAGGAACAGAUCAAUGAAUCAUGCGGUUUCAACCUAUAUACAGAUCGUACAUUUCAAUGUACUUUAUAGUAGUAACUUUUAGGUAUUUUGUUGAUGAAGCCCGAUUAUUUAAUUGUGAAUGUAUCUGUUUACAGUGCAUUCUGGAAUUAUUCCGACCCCUUCACUUAUUCUAAAAUGGAUUAAAUAAAAAAAGUCUCAAGAAUCUGCGCAAUACCCCAUAAGGACUAAGCGAAAGCAGGUUUUUAGAAAUUUGUGCAAAUGUAUUAUUUAUCUAUUUACAUAAGCAUUCAGACCCUUUGCUAUGACACUCAAAAUUGAGCUCAGUUUCGUCCUGUUACCAUUGAUCAUCCUUGAGGUUUCUACAACUUGAUUGGGUCCACCUGUGGUAAUUCAAUUUGUUUCUACAACUUACAAAUUUAUGCAUGUCAGAGCAAAAACCAAGCCAUGAGGUCAAAAUAAUUAUCCGUAGAGCUCCGAGACAGGAUUGUCUGGGGAAGUGUACCAAAAAAUGUCUGCAGCAUCAAAGGUCCCCAAGAACACUGUGGCCUCCAUCAUUCUUAAAUGGAAGAUGUUUGGAACCACCAAGAUUCUUCCUAUAGCUGGCCUCCCGGCUCUGACAGAGCUUCAGAGUUCCUUUGGGAGAACCUUCCUGAAGGACAACCAUCUCUGCAGCACUCCACCAAUCAAAUCAAAUGUAUCUAUAUAGCCCUUGACAGGAAGAUGACGUCAGUGACUCAACCCACUCAAGUGACGCACACCCCUCCUAGGGACGGCAUGAAAGAGCACCAGUAAGCCAGUGACUCAGCCCCUGUAAUAGGGUUAGAGGCAGAUAAUCCCAGUGGAGAGAGGGGAACCGGUCAGGCACAGACACCAAGGGCGUUUCGUUGCUCCAGAGCCUUUCCGUUCCCCUUCACACUCCUGGGCCAAACUACACUCAAUCAUAUGACCCACUGUAGAGAUGAGUCUUCAGUAAAGACUUAAAGGUUGAGUCUGCGUCUCUCACAUGGGUAGGCAGACCAUUCCAUAAAAAUGGAGCUCCAUAGGAGAAAGCCCUGCCUCCAGCUCCAGCUGUUUGCUUAGAAAUUCUAGGGACAAUUAGGGGGCCUGCAUCUUGUGAGCGUAGCGUACAUGCAGGUAUGUACGGCAGGACCAAAUCAGAAAGAUAGGUAGGAGCAAGCCCAUGUAAUGCUUUGUAGGUUAACAGUAAAACCUUGAAAACCGCCCUUGCCUUAACAGGAAGACAGUGUAGGGAGGCUAGCACUGGAGUAAUAUGAUCAAAUCUUUUGGUUCUAGCCAGGAUUCUAGCAGCCGUAUUUAGCACUAACUGAAGUUUCUUUAGUGCUUUAUCCAUGUAGCCAGAAAGUAAAGCAUUGCAGUAGUCUAACCUAGAAGUAACAAAAGCAUGGAUACAUUUUUUCUGCAUCAUUUUUGGACAGAAAGUGUCUGAUUUUUGCAAUGUUACGUAUAUGGAAAAAAGCUGUCCUUGAAACAGUCUUGAUAUGUUCGUCGAAGGAGAGAUUAGGUUCCAGAGUAACGGCGAGGUCCUUCACAGUUUUAUUUGAGACGACUGUACAACCAUCAAGAUUAAUUGUCAGAUUGAACAGAAGAUCUCUUUGUUUCUUGGGACCUAAAACAAGCAUCUCUGUUUUGUCCGAGUUUAAAAGUAGAAAGUUUGCAGCCAUCCACUUCCUUAUGUCUGAAACACAUGCUUCUAGCGAGGGCAAUUGUGGGGCUUUACCAUGUUUCACCAUGUUUCACCAUGUUUACAGUUGAUUUGUCAGAGGACAAACCAUUCACAGAGACAAACUGACAAACUGACAUCUUUCCGACAGAUAAGAUCUGAACCAGGCCAGAACCAAUCAGGCCUUUAUGGUGGAGUGGCCAGACGGAAGCCACUCCUCAGUAAAAGGCACAUGACAGCCCACUUGGAGUUUGCCAAAAGGCACCUAAAGGACUCUGACCAUGAGAAACAAGAUUCUCUGGUCUGAUAAGACCAAGAUUGAAAUAUUUGGCCUGAAUGCCAAGAGUCAUAUCUAGAGGAAACCUGGCACCAUCCCUACAGUGAUGCAUGGUGGUGGCAGCAUCAUGCUGUGGGGAUGUUUUUCAGUGGUAUGGACUGGGAAAUUGGUCAGAAGAGACUAGUCAGGAUCAAGGGAAAGAUUAACGGAGCACAGUACAGAGAGAUCCUUGAUGAACACCUGCUCCAGAGCACUCAGGACCUCAUACUGGGGAGAAGGUUCACCUUCCAACAGGACAACAACCCUAAGCAGACAGCAAAGACAAUGCAGGAGUGGCUUCGGGACUAAUCUUUGAUUGUCCUUGAGUGGCCCAGCUAGAGCCCGGACUUGAACCCGAUCAAACGUCUCUGGAGAGACCUGAAAAAAGCUGUGCAUUAAAGCUCCCCGUCCAACCUGACAGAGCUUGAGAGGAUCUAGAGAGAAGAAUGGGGAGAAACUCCCCAAAUACAGGUGUGCCAAGCUUGUAGCAUCAUACCCAAGAAGACUCAAAGCUGUAAUCACUGCUAAAGUGCUUAGACAAAGUACUGAGUAAAGGGUCUGAAUACUUAUGUAAAUGUUAUAUUUCCAUUUUUUUAUGUUUAAUUAAUUUGCAAAAACAAAAAAAACUGUUUUUGCUUUGUCAUUAUGGGGUAUUGUGUGUAGAUUGAGGAGGAGGGAAAAACUAUGUAAUCCAUUUUAGAAUAAAGCUGUAAUGUAACAAAAUGUGGAAAAAGUGAAGGGGUCUGAAUAGUUUCCGUCUGCUUGUUUGUAGGUGACCAAAUACUUAUUUUCCACCAUAAUUUUCAAAUAAAUUCAUUAGAAAUCGUACAAUGUGAUUUUCUGGAUUUUUUUUCUCAUUUUGUUUGUCAUAGUUGAAGUGUACCUAUGAUGAAAAUUACAGGCCUCAUAUUUUUAAGUGGGAGAACUUGCACAAUUGGUGGCUGACUAAAUACUUUUUUGCCCCACUGUAUAUAAUAAAUUUCCUGUUAUUGUGGUGUCCUGGAUCCUUUUUUUGGAGUUGCUUUGGACACAAACAUACACACACUGAGCGUCAAAACAGGAAGUUCAAUGUCUAUGUUGAUACGACAUUGUUUAUUUCAGCCAAUUACAUAGAAACAAAACAGAAUUAUAUUUAGAAAAAAACUGUGGUCGUACGAUCUCAGACUUGUUUACAUGUGGAAGUAUGCAGAGAACCAAAAAGGCUGAGCUUGGAUUAUUUGCCACUAAACAUGCACUGACAAAAUGUCCUGUUAAGUGGCCUGUUUAUAAGCAGUAUGGUAUGCUUCAGACCCAUAUUUCUAACCCAGCAUUCUCUAGACAGAGAGGGGGAGAGAUGCAUGUUAAGAGGGAAAAUCCCAAACACAGCUCUCCGUAUUUUCCACUCUCCCCAUCUCUCCCUCCAUCACUAUGCUCCAUGGCCGCCCAUAGAGGAGGGCUCCCAGGAAACUGGGAACAUUCCCAUAAUAUUACCUAACAUGCCCAUUAAGUUCUUGUCACGACUUCCGGCGAAGUCAGUUCCUCUCCUUGUUCGGGUGGUGUUCGGCGGUCAACGUCACCGACCUUCUAGUCAUCGCUGAUCCAUUUUUCAUUUUCCAUUGGUUUUGUCUUGUCUUCCUUCACACCUGGUUCCAAUCCCAUCAAUUACAUGUUGUGUAUUCAACCCUCUGUUUCCCCUCAUGUCCUUGUCGGAGAUUGUUUGAUUGUAUGUUAUGUGCAAGUUAUGUUUUGGUGUGCGACGGGUUAUGUACCCACUUUUAUUAUUUUGUAUAUUUUGGUUUUUGUAGUUUUGUGAGCAGUUAUUAAACGACUCAGUUUAUACCA